GUUUUCAGUUUUGUAUUUAGAAAUUGGGAUUGAAAUUGGGAUUAAAUUAAAAUUCAUAAACCCUCGCCACUGUUAGACGACGAAGUGAUCAAGUAACAGUGAGAGAUGAUUAUUCCAGUUCGCUGCUUUACCUGCGGAAAGGUUAUUGGAAACAAAUGGGAUACAUACCUUGAUCUUCUUCAAGCAGAUUACUCUGAAGGGGACGCUCUUGAUGCAUUAGGUUUGGUCCGGUAUUGCUGCAGGCGCAUGCUCAUGACGCAUGUUGACCUCAUCGAAAAGCUUUUGAACUACAACACUAUGGAGAGAAGCGAAGGAUCCUAAGGGAGACCGUGGAACUAACUACUGUUGUCAUGAGUGAACGGUUGUCAACUAUAGCGGGAUUAUAAAAAUUGGAGAAGAAAUUUUAGAAUAUUGCUUAAAUGUUUAUCAUUAUUGCAGAUUGUUCCGAAUGCAAAUCUAAAUACUAAUUGAUGGGUUGUGAGAAACAUUUUCUAAUGUUGUGAAAAAGUAGUGUAAUUGCUUUGUAUGGAUGUUGAAAAUCUUGUUUGAAUGACUUGUGACAAUGGUGUAAAAGCUACUGUGAUCUUUCAGAUCGUUUGUUUGGGUGAUGUUAAACAUCUUUGAAA